AUGGGUGAUGCCAGCUCAAGGUCGAAUGACUUGGCAAAACCAUCCAACGCGGGCAUCUCCAAUUCACGGCCUGCAGUCGGAACCAUGAGACCGGCCAAUGCGAGAGAAGCAGCGAACACCAGAAACAAUUUCGACGCUGAUCGGCCUUCCAGCACCAUGCCACGCCAACUGAACCACGUAAUACACUUGCAACAAGCUAUAACAGAAUCUAGUAUCGACGGUGCCUCCAACGAGAGCUCUAGUACCCAAUCCUUGUCUCUUGGAAGAAACGCUUCUGGUGAAUUCAAACGAGACUCGGACCAGAAGAGGAAUUCUAACUUUCAGCAGCCGCAACAGCAACCGAUACCAUGGACUAAAGAGACUCAUAGAAUCAGUAUGGAUCACCACAUGCCUGCCCAUUCACCACGAACAUAUCAACCUCCACAACCCACACCUACCCCAGCUGCACCCACAAAAACUUCAGACCAUGUCUCAACAGACCGCCCUGUUUCAUCUCGUGUCGUCAGUCCACCUUCCCUUUUACGCUCAAACACUGCGCCAUCAAAUGAUAGCAAUGUGAGAGAACCUCCAGUAUAUCAACAUCCACCAGCCUACUCAUCACCAACAAAAACCAAUCCGGGCUCGCUUACAUCACCAACCAUGGUCCAUUCCAACACGGCCGGACUGGAUUCAGCUGCAAGUUUAGGAAUUUCGUCAACUCCGGUUCUCAAUGUUAGGUCUUCAUCGUUUGCCAUCCCUCGAUCUCAAAAUGAUAGAGAACGAUCGCCUUCACGAUGGACAUUACAGCGCAAUAAGGCUAGAGAAUCAUCACAAAGCAGUCUUGGCUCUACCGGAAUUGUGUUUAAUAGGAUGAAUUCAACACAGCUGUCUCACCACACCAUACACUACUCUGGAAUCCGCAAAAUCACUUUGGGAGAUGUUUCCAUUGCUCCAAGACGAAAAUCGAGCAUGUUUCAACACCAAUUCAGGGGUCUUUCUGUCAACACAGCCGGGGGCCACAAGUAUGGAGAUAGUGGAUCCGUGAAUACUAGCGUCCAACAAGUACCCCAUGUUGAAAUCCAACCAUUCCCUGUCGCUCUCGAUCCCGAACUGACGUUUAGCAUGAUUGUGUCGCCAUCGACGCUGAUAUUCAAGGAUCCAUACUCGGAGAGCCUGUUUCUGUCAGAGUUUUUGGAUUUGAGAAGGCCGCUUUGGAGAAUGGCUGGAUUUAUCGGAGUGCUGAGUGUGAUACCCCUGACUAUAUAUUCAGUAUACGUCAGUGAUGGAGUAGGUCAAGGAUUGCCAGAGGGCCUGAUCAUGUCCUUUGGUGCAAUUUUACCUUUCCUCGUGAUCCUGCUCAUGUCGUUCCUCGAUGGGCCGUUCGUAGAAAGACUCGCCGAUCCAAUAGCAGCCCUCUCCAUAUUGAUUCUUUCCGUUGUCUCGAUAUCCGCACGACACAGAGUAAUUGAACCGUUCAUGUCAACAUACAAGCCAGCAGUCGGAAUCAUACUAGUUUCGCUCGCCUGCAGCACCUUUUUCAAGAUUCGGCAUCUGUUUAUUGUGCCUGUGUUGGCCAUAAUAGUGAUUGUUCAUAUCGCAACAAUCUUGUCGAUACCCAAUGUAGAUGUGGGAAAUGCUGUCAUCUCAAUCAUGUCUGUAUUGGUGGCUUGUCUAGCCUCAUCAGUCCAUUCAAGAUUCACUGAAUACCUGUACAGAGCAUAUUUUGCCAAAGUACAGGGUUUGGAUGGUAGUGCCAAAAGACUGAUGGAACAAUGGAGAUUAGAGGCUGUAUCCAAGAUUAGUAAACAUCAACGAGGCAGGACUCAGACUGCUGACGGACGUGCUGAAUUGGAAACGCCAUUGGAAAAGGCUGGGCUGGUGUUGAGAGAUUUGGUGCUUGAUCCAUCGUUGAGUUUCGAGCAUGCAAGAAGUCUGGAUGUCGUUUUGGCUCUACUUGCUUCAGACUCGUUGAUGACGCCUGAAAUACGGCAUGGUGCCAAUGAUACUGUCGAUGCUGAACAACAGGCAUGGCUGUACGAGACAUUACGAAAUGGCUCGUGGUCCAAGAACCCAACGCCAACUCGUCGAGGAACUGAAGUCGUAGUCGAUGUCAAGGAAGACGACAGUAACGCCGUUCCAAACCUUCCCGAAACUGUCAGAGUCAGACCAACACCAACAGCCUUCCUUGCGUCAACACAAGCAGCUGCUUCCGUAGCUGUCGGAAGACGGUCUAGAGGAUCUGUACCUGCCAAUCACCCAGGGGCAAAGGUUAUGGAUACUAGUGAUAGCAAGAGUAGAGAAAAUAGUGUCGAAAACUUUUCUCGUAGCUCGGAACUAGGAACUGUACAGGAAGGUACUGCUAAACAACCAUCGCUAAACACUACACCUGAUAUGUCGAAUCGAACUCCUCCGACGGUGCCCGACGAGAACGCUGUUAUAAUAAGCGGUACUCUUGCACCAGUCAGAUCCGAAAGCGUGACUGAAAACGCUCCAAGAGCAGUAUCAGACCAAUCCUCCUUCGACUCUGAAUCCUCGCUUGAAGACAUGAGAUCAAACGUCGCUCUCGCAGCACUCCUUGAUCAAGUUGAUCAUUGGAAUUUCGAAUUAUUCUCACUCAAGGACUUGUCAAGAUCAAAACCAUUGUUGGCCCUCGGAUCCUACUUGUUUAAACGUGCAGACUUGUUUUCGAGACUGAAUUUAAAUGAGUCUCGGGCUAUGGCAUUCAUGUCCGAGGUGGAUAAAGGGUAUAGAGAGGAUGUUCCGUAUCAUAACGCGUCGCAUGCUGCUGAUGUGUUGCAUGGAGUGCAUUGGUUGAAAGAACGAUGCUCUGGAGUUGUGGAGCCUUCCUCGCUGGAAUUGUUGGCGCUUUAUACCGCUGCUUUGAUACAUGACUUUGACGUCUUGGAAAACCACCAUCUAGCAUCCGCUUUCGCCAAACUCUACCAGCCCGAUCUUGACUUUAUGACGAAUCUAGUCCCCGUAGAUCGUCGAUACGUGAGAAACACCAUUAUCGAAUUGGUGCUAGCUACUGAUCUUGGAGGACAACACUACCCAAUUCUGACGACAUUUAAGAACAAGGUUGGAGUAUCGGGAAGUUUCGAUCCCAAGAAUUCGGCAGAGGAUCGGUUGUUGCUUUUCAAGAUGUGUAUCAAAUGUGCUGAUGUGGGCAACCCUACAAAGUCAUGGCAUAUCUAUGAACAAUGGACGGAGAAAGUCCUUCAAGAGUUCUUUGCUCAGGGUGAUCAAGAAAAGGCUAUGGGAUUGCCAGUGUCGCCUUAUUGUGAUCGAGACAUAGUCAACAUACCUGCCUGUCAGAUCGGCUUCAUUGAAUUCAUUUGCAUUCCGUUAUACGAAGCAUUUGAUAGCUUUGUGCCGAUACCCGCCGUGCUAGAAAACCUGACCUCGAAUCGAUCCCAUUGGGUCAAGCUACGAGACGAACAACGACCAAAAGAAGAAAAGAGCAAUAGCAGUCCAAAAGACGAGCCCCAACAACAAGUGACUGUAAAGAAGCGCGGAUCCAUCCUUGCUCCCAAAUCGCCAUCCGCGCAGCAUCAAAUCCAUCAACAACAGCAUCCACCCACACAACAACAAUCAAACCAACAGCAACACCAAAUAGCGACGCCAGACAAAUACAUCGCAACAAAACCAGCCGACAUUGGAAACAAAUGGGACAUAUUACGUACCUCAAAGAGUGUAUUGAGUUUAACGAUAUUCAAUGGCAGGAGGCCCAGUGCACACCCACCAACCUCGGUAGCAGGAUGGGCAAGUACAGAUAACAAAGUUCACGGGAGAAGAGCAAGUGCUGCCCCUCUUAGUGCUAAAUCAUCACCGCGCUCGCCUGCGCUGGGAGGAGAGAGUGUGCUGCUACAUCAUCAACAGGUGUCAUCACCAACGCUGCCAACAAUCGAUGGAAUAUUGAGCACAACUCAUAUUUAG